CGUCAUCGCGAGAGUGGGCUGAGGGGAAAACGGGACUCAGGUCGGUUUUGCGGUUCGAACAGAACUCUUCAGAACCGCCGUGACAGUUCGAACAUGUCUUCUUACGGGUUUUUGCUCCUGUUGGUCCUCUCCAGCCUGCACAGCUCCGUGUCGGCGGAGCAGCGGAGACUUUCUCCAGAUAACCUGCUGGUGAUCACCGUGGCAACAGAAGAGACAGAUGGCUUCAAGCGCCUCAUGAGAACAGCCAGAGAGUUCAACUACACGGUGAAGGUUCUUGGACUUGGGGAGGACUGGAAGGGUGGCGAUGUGGCUCGGACGGUGGGCGGAGGUCAAAAGGUCAGGUGGCUGAAGAAGGAGCUGCUGAAGCAUGCAGACAAACAGGACAUGGUGAUCAUGUUUGUGGACAGUUAUGAUGUCAUCUUUGCAUCGGGUCCAAAGGAGCUGCUGUCCAAGUUUUCCCGUACGGGUCACAGAGUGGUUUUCUCUGCAGAGGGAUUCUGCUGGCCUGACCAGAGACUGGAAUCCAAAUACCCAGAGGUGCAUGCUGGGAAACGCUUCCUCAACUCAGGAGGUUUUAUUGGCUUUGCGCCGGACCUCAGCGCCCUGGUCCAGCAGUGGAAGUACAAAGACGAUGACGAUGACCAGCUCUUCUACACCAGGAUCUACCUGGACAAGGCGCAGCGGACCAAAUUCAACAUGACUCUGGACCAUCGAGCCAGAAUUUUCCAGAACCUGAAUGGAGCCGUUGACGAGGUCGUGCUGAAGUUCGAGAGGGCAAAGGUCAGGGCCAGGAACGUUGCCUAUGACACGCUUCCUGUUAUCAUCCACGGCAAUGGGCCCACAAAGCUGCAGCUGAACUACCUCAGUAACUACGUUCCCACGGCGUGGACCUACGAGCACGGCUGUGGUUUCUGUGACGACGACCUGCUGCUCUUCAGCGAUGUCCCCGAUGAUGAGAUGCCUCUGGUGCAUAUCGCCAUCUUCAUCGAGCACGCCACGCCCUUCCUGGAGGAGUUCCUGGAGCGCUUGACCACACUGAAGUACCCGCUGGAAAGGACACGCCUCUUCAUCCACAACAAUGUUGUGUACCACGAGCGCCACAUCCAGAAGUUCUGGGAGCAGUACCGGGCUGUGUUCCCCGACGCCGUCAUGAUUGGACCGGAGGAGAACCUGCAGGAGGACAAGGCCAGAACCAUGUUUGUCGAGGUGUGUAAGAAGUCUCCAGAGUGUGAUUACUACUUCAGCAUGGACUCUGAUGUGGCUCUGACGAACCCGGACACACUGAGGGUCCUGAUGGAGGAAAACAAGUCUGUCAUCGCCCCCAUGUUGUCCAGACACGGGAAGCUGUGGAGUAACUUCUGGGGCGCUCUGAGUCCUGAAGGAUACUAUUCCAGAUCUGAGGACUACAUCGAGAUCGUCCAGGGAAAGAGGAUCGGCCUGUGGAAUGUCCCUUACAUCACUCAGGCCUACCUGAUCAAAGGCAGCGUGCUGCGGUCCAAAUUGGCCCAGGUCAGCCUGUACACUGCCGACGGCACCGACCCCGACAUGGCCUUCUGCAAGAGCGUCAGGGAACAGGGAGUCUUCAUGUUUGUGUCCAACAGGGACGAGUUCGGCCGUUUGGUGUCCUCGUCCAACUUCAACACAUCCAGACUGCACCCGGACAUGUGGCAGAUCUUUGACAACCCCGUGGACUGGAAGGAGAAGUACGUCCAUGAGAACUACUCCAGGAUCUUUGAAGAUGACAAACGCUUUGUGGAGCAGCCGUGUCCAGAUGUUUACUGGUUUCCAGCCUUCUCAGACAAGAUGUGUGAUGAUCUGGUGGAGACUAUGGAGGACUUUGGGCAGUGGUCCGGAGGUUCACACAAGGACGAGCGUCUGGCCGGUGGCUAUGAGAACGUUCCCACCGUGGACAUCCACAUGAACCAGAUUGGCUUCGAGAAGGAGUGGCUCAAGUUCCUCAAAGAAUACAUCGCCCCUGUCACCGAAAAACUCUAUCCUGGGUAUUACGCCAAGGCUCACGCCAUCAUGAACUUUGUGGUUCGUUACCGUCCUGAUGAGCAGCCAUCACUGCGGCCGCAUCACGACUCGUCAACCUUCACCAUCAACAUCGCCCUCAACAGGAAGGACAUAGACUAUGAGGGCGGCGGCUGCAGAUUCUUGCGUUACGAGUGUAAGGUGGAGUCUCCCAGGAAGGGGUGGUCCUUCAUGCACCCGGGACGCCUCACGCACUACCACGAAGGCCUCCCCACCACCAGGGGGACCCGCUACAUCAUGGUGUCAUUUGUGGAUCCCUAGAGCCCCUCGGCUGCCAACUGUGUGUGCGCAUGUCAAAACGAGCCAGUCAGAUAUGCAAGUGAGGAGGCCCCACCCCUUCAGCAUCCAGUGUCCGAUCAAUCAGAGCGCUCUGCAGCCAUAUGAGAGGACGGAGAAAUAUCCACGAUGUCCAUGUCACAGUGGACUGUCUCAGAUCCUCUCUUCAGUGUCUUACGUGUGUUUUGUGGAAAGAGUCACUGAAGGACAUUUCAAAAUAAGCUGCAUUAUUUCUAUGAUGUUGAGGUUAAUUUUCACUGCGCUGCCUGAUUAGUUUUCUUUGAAAUGCUGCAGAUUUCACAUUCAAUGUCACUGAAGUGUAGAAUCCUGCAGGGGGCGCUCUCCGUUUGGUAAUGAGCACAGAGCCGUAUAUAAGACCUUAUAGAGCGCCCUCUGCAGGUUGACAGCAUGUGCCUCCAGCAUGUCAUCGGUUCUUCAUCAAUCAGGGAAAUAAAAACUUUUGUUUUAUAGUUUUUAUUUUAAAACUGCUCCAGAAAGCAUGUUUUGGAUUUUUGGGUGUGAUUGUAUAAAAACAUCUAAUCAGGAGGUGGUUGAAGGUCGACUCAAACUCCAGAGUUUUAUUUUUAAAUUAAGAUAGCGGGAAACAGUAAAGGGCUUUUAUAUUUUUCAUAUGCGUUUUUGACAUUUUCUUAAUGUGUUUGAUCACCAGAAAUCAUUUUUGUGACUGACAAACUGCAGUUUUUAGUUUUGACCUUGAAAAACUAAGUUUAAAUAUUUUUGUAGUUGACGAGAUUCAUUGUUUUCUUUGUGCUUUAAAUUAUUAAAGAAUAAAGUUUAAUCAAU